UUUUUUGUUUCCAUAUUCGACAAUUCUUUAAAAUUUUUUUCUGCAAAUAAUAAUGGAAAUUGAUAAUAAAUCCGAUUCUAGUUCGGAUUCAGAUUAUGAUCCGGAUAAACCCGUUGAUUCUGAUGAUGAACAAAAUGAUGAAGAAAGUUCAAUGGAUGAAAGCGAUGAUGAAGAAGAAGAUGAAGAAGACGAUGAUGAUUGUGAUGGUGAUGAUGAAUCCGAUGAUCAAGAUGGAAAUCCGGAUCGUUCUGAAUUAAAAUCAACAUUAAUGUCCAAUGUUAUUGAUCAAAUUAUUGAUGGUGAUUGUAAAGUUGAAUUAAAAGAUGAACAACAACAACAAGAUGAUGAUAUGCCAAUGAUUGAUGAAUUUGAUUUGGAACGUUAUCGUAUUUGGAAAAAAAAUUGUCAAUUUUUAUAUGAUUUAAUCAUCACUAAUCGUCUGGAAUGGCCUUCAAUGACUGUACAAUGGUGUCAUUCAAAACAAACCAAAACAAAUCCAUAUAAUAAUCGUGAAUAUUCAACGGAUAAAUUAUUGUACGGUACACAAGUGGAUGAAAAUAAUCAAAAUCAUUUGAUUGUUGCUACACAAUAUACACCGGUUAUUGAUCGUAAUCAAAUUGCUGCAUGUGAAGGUGGUAUUUCACAUACAAAAUAUGCAAAAUUAGAAAAUUAUGUUCGCAUUGAACAUGAUGGUGAUAUAAAUCGUGCACGUUAUAAUCCACAAAAUUCAUUCAUAAUUGCUACGGCAUCAUCGACGGCAAAAAAUUAUAUUUUUGAUUAUUCAAAACAUCCAUCCGAACCAUCGAGUAAAGAAUUUAAACCAGAUCUGAUUUUAGAUCAUCAUCAACAGGAAGGUUAUGGUUUAUGUUGGAAUACAAGAAAAAGUAAUAUUCUAGCUACUGGAUCACAAGAUGAAAAAAUCUGUAUCUGGGAUAUUAAUUCAAAUCCAACUAAAUCUAAAACUUUAACACCUGUUCAAUCAUUCAAAACAAAUGGCCAAGUUAAUGAUAUUAAAUGGCAUUAUUAUCAUGAAUCUUAUCUUGGUUCGGUUGGUAGUGAUAAAAUGCUAAAAUUUUGGGAUUCACGUAUGAAUGGUGAAAUGAAAGCAGCAUUUUGUAGCCGUGUACAUAAUCAAGGUGUAAAUUCCCUUUCGUUUAAUCAAUUUUGUGAAUAUGUUAUUCUUACUGGUUCGGAUGAUCAUACGGUUGGUUUAUUCGAUAUUCGUAAUCUAAAACAUCGUUUACAUUCAUUUGAUGCACAUCGUGAUGAAGUACUUGAUGUUAAUUGGUCACCAUAUGGUGAAACAGUAUUUGCAUCAAGUAGUCGUGAUAAACGUUUAAUCAUAUGGGAUAUGACAAAAAUUAAUUCACCACAAUCAAUAUCGGCAGCGCAGGAAGGUCCACCCGAAAUGAUAUUCAUUCAUGGUGGUCAUACUAAUGUUAUACAAGAUUUUAGUUGGCAUCCAAAUAAUCAAUUGAUUGCAUCAGUAUCGGCUAAUAAUGAAUUACAUGUUUUUAAACCAUCUAUUGAUAUUAAAUCAUCGGAAGAACCAUUACAACAAGCAGCUAUUCAAAGUGGUGAUCGUUCUGGAUCGAUAAAAAGUCCAGCCAUUUCAACAUUUCAAUUUCAACCACAACCAGUACAACCGGCAUUCAUUCAUGUACCACAACCACAACAACCAAAUACUGUUGUACAAGCUGGUUUAGUUGGUGGUACAAGAAUUUUACCCGCAAGUGAAGCAAUCUAUGAACAACAACGUGAAAUUGUAUCAGCUAUUGCUGCACCAGGUGGUUUGAAGAAAAAACGUUCGGCUAAUAUUUUUCGAUUUGAUCUUCCAUAAGAGAAUCAAAUGAAAAUUGAAAAAAA